GGCUGGGCUGCGCGCUCUCCGCCCUCCUCCGUCGCCCCCCCCCCGGACUCCGCGGCGGCGGGCGCAGCAUCCUUGGCGGGCAGAGCCCUCCGCCUCUCGCCGCGCGAUGCACCGGGGAAGGCAGGAUGAAGUGGAGCUGGAGAAAAGUGUUCGUCGACUGCGAGAGAAAUUUUAUGGGAAGGUGAGCAUCAAAACGGCUACGGUGCUGAUGAGGCAGUUCUGCAACAAUCAUAAGGUCGCUUGUAGUCGCAUCAUUCUCUGCAAAAAUGAGCUGGAAGAUACGGACCCAGAAGAUGGAGAGAGUCUCAAUGAUGAUCCUGUGGCUUUGAGAGUGGUGGAUAAACUGGAACAAGAAGAGGAGCAGAAGAAACAGAAACGAAGUGACAAGUGUGAUGAGAAAAUAAAGGAGGUUGCUCAGCAGCUGAAGUGCUUGCCUCUGACCCAAAAGAACCUGCGCAUGUUUGACAAUGCCGAAAAGAACCGCAUCCCACCUGAAGACCGUCAGUUUUCUUGCCAGCCCUGUGACAGUAUGUGGUGGCGUCGAGUCCCAAAGAGAAAACAGGUGUCCCGCUGUCGCCUGUGUAGGAACAGCUAUGACCCAGUGCCUGAAGACAAAAUGUGGGGCACAGCAGAGUUCACUUGCCCCUCGUGUGGACACACCUUCAGAGGUUCGGCCCAGAUGGGGAUCCCAUCUCCCUGCUACCGUUGCCACAGUCCUGUUCUCCCGAGUUUUAUCAUCCCACCUCGCAAGAACCUGGGGCCAAGAGGCAGACAGCAGCAUUCGUGUUUUGCAGAGGAUUGCUACAACCGAAGAGGUGGGGCUGAAUGUGCAAUGAAUAAGCAUUGUGCCAUGGGGUGUCCCUUCCCUGAGCCCCAUAUACCAGGAACUCACUGUGUGCAUCCCCGAAGCCGCAUCAAGAACAACCUGCCCAAAGUCCUCUACCCCAGCCAAGAGCAUGAUAGUACCGGCUCCACGGUGGCCACCUGCUUAAGUCAAGGCAGCUUGGCAUUCUGCGACCUCGAUGAGCUCAUCCUGGAAGACCUGAAGGAAGAGGAGGCUGGCGAGAGCAGCAAUUAACCCCCUGGAUGUCCGGAGCAGGAAUGGAUGGGAGACGAAUGCCAGGUUGCAAACUAGUGAGCAUGGCUGGGAAGGGGGUCUUUUUUCUUCUUCAAGCCGAACAAUUCUAAUGAUGCACAUGAAUUCCCCAUUGAUCGUUUCUGGGCUUCUCUUUGGCUCUGCACUUCAUCUUAUCUUCUCAGUGUGGCUUUUCUUUGCUUUUGCUGUCAGUCUUAUUUCUUUUCUGGAGAGCUCAUCUUCUAGAUGUAUCUUAGCCAUAGAUUUAAACUGGUUUUAAUAGUCAUAUUCUCUCCUCAAUUCUCACCACCCUCACCCACUACAAUUCCUAGGGUCCUUUGGGAAAACUAGUAAAGAAAGCUAGUACUGUGUGGAUGUGUUCCAUCUUAUGUCCAAUCAGCCCUCCUUGACACCUCCCAUUGGAGCCAGUUGUCUGUGGAACUUGACGAUGUCCUAACUUCCAGUGGUUGAACUGACCUUAAAAGAACUAAGAGGCUUUUCAAAGGUAACGCUUCUGUCCUGUUCAUCAUGAUCUUUUACCAGCUCUUUGAACUUUCGUAUGCAGUUGGCAUGAGAAGAUCAUGUUUGUGUGUUCUGGUGGGAAAACUGCUACUGGGCUUGCCAGUAGUUUCCAUUAGCUCAGAGGUGGUUAACCUGUAGCACUAUUGUCCCAUCAGCUCCAGCAACAUUGAAAAUAACCAUGGCUGAUGGGAGUUGUAGUUCAGCAAUAUCUCAGAAUGAGGUCCCCAUUCCUGUAUCAGGUGGAGUCAUGCUUAGAAAGAAUGCAUGUUGCUUCAAGCUCUAGGAAAACUCUCCAAACCCAGCAAGACGUGGAGGAGGCGGCAGCGGCCUUUUUAUUAUGUUUAGGAUCUAAAGUGUAGGUGGCUGAGACUGAAAAUCUCCAUACUGUACUAGUAAGGUGUCUUUCCUCAGGGAGGUUGCAGAAAGAAUGGGAACCUUUUAAGCAAUGCUCUCUGCCUCCUAGAGCUUGUGUGGCUAGAAAUAAAAAGAGUCAGGGAUGGAGAAGCUGGAGGAACCUUGUUGGGUAGCUGUGCUGUUAACAGUCCUGUUCAGAGAACCCAGUUCCAUUCCCACUGAGCAUGCAGAAAAGGCAGUUUUAUGUUAAUCUUUCUGAAUUGUUAUAAAAACUGUAUUGUUGUAAACCACUUUGGGAACCCCUUUUAGGGCUGAAAGGCAAUAUAGCAAUGUUUUACCAAAUAAGGUAAUCUGUGCAGGAUUUGUGAUAUUAGCAUUGAUCUUGGAAAAACAAAUCAGUACAGGGUACUGUAUCUUAAUCUCUAGUUUGAAAGGCUUCAGAUCUAUAACAUUCUGUCUCAUGUUUAUGGGCAAAUGUUUUCUAUCAUGUAUGUAGAUAUUAUUUCUUGCCCUGGUGAAUUAAAAAAUGGGUGCAAUUAAAAUUAUGUUUUCUCCCCCAA